CGCAUGCGCGCCCUUCCGGCGCGCGCGCGCGCCGGGCCCCCGGGGCUCUUAAAGGCGCCGCGUCCCGGUACCGAUCCCCGCCCCCGGCGCCGGGAUGGAGGCGGCGGCCACAACGGCGGCCCCGGGCUGGCGCUGCCGCCCGGGGGGACGGCUGGACAUGAGCCACGGCUUCGUGCGGCACAUCCGCCGCAACCAGCUCGCCAGGGACGCGUACGACCGCGCGGUGCGGCAGGCGCGGGGCCGAGCGCGGACGCGGCUGACCCCGGCCCCGGCGCGGCCCCGGCGGCCCGACCAGCAGGUGUACCGGCCGCACCGGGGCGGCGGGGGGCCCGGGGGCGACGCCAGCGCGGGGCCCCCCCCCGAGAGCCGCGGGGCGCCCCCGGACCCCGCCCGCGGGCCGCGGCUCUUCUGCCUCGAGUACGAGGGGGACGACGGGCAGGUCACGGCCGUCAUCGUGCACCAGGGGGACAGCGCUGAGGAGGUGACCCGCCGGGUGUGCGCCCGCAGCCCGCUGGAGCCGCCCCUGCGCCGGGCCCUGUGCCAGCGCGUGCAGGACGAGCUCAGCAAGCGCCGGGGCACCGGGUGACGCUGCCACAGCCCCGGACACUGCCACCCCCAGGGGACCGGUGCCAUCCCCCCGCUGUCAAUAAAGGUGCUGCGAGGC